AUUGAAUGUAUGAGCUAUGCACUGUAAAGGCGUUGGCGAUUUCAUCAAGUGUGGUUACAUUAUCGUUAUUAUUUGUGAUCAAUUUAAUGAUGGACCUAAUUUUUUACACUUGUCAUUAAACCAUUGACUGGAUUAUCUUCGAUCAAAAAAUGCAUAUGAUAAAGACGGAUAGUGACAGAUUGAAUAAAAAAAUUCCAUCAGGCAUGUCAAAUAAUCAGCUGGUCGAUUCAUGUCUGCUGGUAAAUCGAAGAAUAGAGCAGAGACAAGAGCACAACAUAACGCGUAUCGAAAUAAAACAGAGUGGCCCAAAUGAAACAGACUAUCAUACAAGUAAUGGACAACCGGAAACGCAUUCCGUGCACUCUUCUCAAUUGUCUGUACAAGAUGAUCCUUUAGGCGUGAGGGCGCAUAAUCAACAAACAUCUCAACAUAUGACGUCUGUUACUAAAGUUAUUCGUGAAGUAUCACACGUAGCCUCAGAAGCAGGAGGAGUUAAUUAUAUUCCUGUACCACUAAUGUCGCAAGAUUAUUCUCAUGGGAAUCCCUGUUAUGCCGCUGAUCCAUACAUGGUCAAUUUCGAUCAUUAUGAUUCUUACGUAGGAUAUAAUGCUCAGUCAGAUUAUCCAUCACAUAGCGCAUAUGCAUCGGAUUCACGUUCACCCCAUAGCCCACAUAGUCCAUCAGAACAUAGUCGUACAACACCACCACAUGAAUAUAUGCGAAAAGGACCUUCAUAUGUUGAUGGUGGAUACAAUGACAUGGGUCCAGUACUUAAUCCCGCAUUGCAAGAUCAUUAUCGAAUAACACCGAGUCCAGGUGGUCCAGGAGAUCAGUAUGAUCCUAUCACUGAUACAUGGAAUAUAGACGAUUCUGGAGUUCCUACACAACAUUAUAAUGAUGAAAACAAAAUGGCGUAUGGUUAUGUAUCACCAUCUCCGUACGGACCAGUAUCUUACGGGCCUAAUAUAGGAGUAGUACCAGUUCCACUUGUGAGCGACGGGCCUUCUUAUGAUGAUUCUCAUCCUGUUACACUGCCUGGAAAUUUAGCACCGGGUAUUUUUGAAGAUGAUGUACACCUUCAACGAUUGCAAACACGGCAUUCAGUGCCUGGGAUGGUCAGCCCAUUGGGUGAUGAUCCAAAGUCAAUGCGUUGGAGAGAUCCGAAUCUUUCGGAAGUUAUUGGUUUCCUUAGCAAUCCAAAUAACAUCAUAAAGGCGAAUGCUGCUGCGUAUUUGCAACAUCUUUGUUACAUGGACGAUCCCAAUAAACAAAAAACACGGAGCUUGGGUGGUAUUCCUCCAUUAGUCCAGUUAUUAGAUAAUGAAAGUCCCGACGUAUACAGGAAUGCAUGCGGAGCAUUACGAAAUCUUUCUUAUGGCCGUCAAAAUGAUGAAAAUAAACGAGCGAUUAAAAAUGCUGGUGGUGUACCAGCGUUAAUUAGUUUGUUGCGUAAAACUUCUGACGCUGAAAUAAAGGAAUUAGUGACUGGUGUACUCUGGAAUUUAUCAUCAUGUGAAGAUUUGAAAAAAGCAAUUAUCGAUGACGGUGUUACUCUUGUAGUUAACAAUAUUAUUAUUCCCCACAGUGGAUGGGAUCCAAGUGCUUCCAAUGGCGAAACUUGUUGGUCAACUGUAUUUAGAAAUGCAUCUGGUGUCUUGAGAAAUAUAUCAAGUGCUGGUGAAUAUGCUCGAAAAAAAUUACGAGAAUGCGAUGGCCUCGUUGAUGCUCUUUUGUAUGUCGUACGAUCUGCUAUUGAGAAAUCAAAUAUUGGAAAUAAAAUUGUCGAAAAUUGUGUUUGCAUUUUACGAAAUUUAAGUUAUCGUUGUCAGGAAGUUGAAGAUCCUAAUUACGAUAAACAUCCUAUUCAAUCAGUUGUCCAAAAUCGUAUAACAGCUCCUGUGAAAGGUGAAAAUUUAGGCUGCUUUGGCGGAAGUAAAAGGAGAAAAGAUGGACAACCACCGCAGAAAGAAGUAACAACAUCUAAGUCAGUCAACACUCGAACUGAACCAAUUAAAGGAAUGGAACUUUUAUGGCAGCCUGAAGUAGUUCAAUGCUAUCUCAGUCUUUUACAAACUUGUUCAAAUCCUGAAACCUUAGAAGCAGCCGCUGGAGCGCUACAAAAUCUCGCUGCAUGCUAUUGGCAACCAAGUAUUGAAAUUCGUGCUGCUGUGAGGAAAGAAAAAGGCCUACCAAUUUUAGUUGAGUUAUUAAGAAUGGAGGUCGAUCGGGUAGUUUGUGCUGUAGCUACAGCUCUUCGAAAUCUUGCUAUUGACCAACGUAAUAAGGAAUUGAUUGGUAAAUAUGCCAUGAGGGAUCUGAUUCAAAAACUACCUUCUGGUAAUAAUCAACAUGAUCAAGGAACAAGUGAUGACACAAUUGCUGCUGUACUCGCAACGUUAAAUGAAGUUAUUAAACGGAAUGCUGAAUUUUCAAGGUCACUAUUGGAUGCUGGUGGUGUUGAAAGAUUAAUGAAUAUUACAAAACAACGUCAAAAAUAUACUGCACGUGUCUUAAAAUUUGCUGGCCAAGUACUAUUUACAAUGUGGCAGCACACAGAAUUACGAGAGGUCUAUAAGAAACAUGGUUGGAAAGAAGCUGAUUUUGUAACUAAGACAGUAGCAGCGCGUAAUUCUGGGCUCAAUUCACCUAAUAAUGCCAACAGUUAUGAUUUCAGCACAUUAAAUAGACCAAUGGCAAGUCAAGGAAGCACAAGAUAUGAAGAUCGAACAAUGCAAAGAUCGAAUAUGAAUUCAAAUAAUGUUGGAUGGCAAGCAGCUUAUCAACCGUUUAGCUUGUUUUCACAUUCUGUCAAGAUGCGCGCGUAUGUCUGAUGCUCACAGUGUGAUUCGUGUCGUUCAACCGUCCCCGAGAGUACUGGUUCAAUUGACCCCAUAUGAUUUUAUUGAAAUAAUUAAUUUUAAAAAAAUAUUCAAGAACUAUUUCACUAGAAGUAAAGUUAGAAAUUUAUGACUAAUAUAUAUAUAUGAAGGUAUUACAAAAAAAAUGUUAAGAUUACAUUUGAAAAUUAAAAAAUUAUUAAACAAUUUGUCGAGAGCUGAAAAAAAAGUUCAGAUGCCUAAAAACACAAAAACUUGAAUUUUUAAAAAUUAAAUCAUCAUAUUUGUUCGAAAUGUUGGUCAGAUUAAGGAUUAGUGUAUUGAAAUAUAAUUCCACGAGGACGACUCAUUUCUAUUGUUUUUUCGUUUUUCUAAGCUUACUGGUUCAAUUGACCCCUGGUUCAAUUGACCACAUUCUCCCCUAAAUUACCGUAAUCCGGAUCUGCCAGAGAAUUGUCACGCAACUUACUAUUUUCUUCCAAUUUAACUUGGUACUUCAAUAUCUCAAAAUUGUUAUUUUUUUAUCAACAAUUAUUAAUUAUCAUCAGUAACU